AUGCUUAUCGCUGGGUCAAUUAUCCUCCUCAUAUGCUCCACCAGCGCAUAUAAUUCCACCCGCUCAGGCUUUUCAUUUCAGACGGCGGCUGGCGUACCCGACCAUGGUGUUCUCGUCGCUGUGUCAAGUUCCUCAAUUCAAAAUCUAUCGAGUUUUCACAAGACAACGGACAAGGAUGUCGAAGAGCGAGCUAAUGGUCCUUUGCUCGGCAAGAUGUCUGAUGCCGUACAUGCACUGGUGAAAAGAUCAGUCCCAGCAGAUUACAACGCUUACGUGACGAGUUUAAAUGAGCAUCUAGACCUCGACUCUGCUUUGACGAGUACCGAGAUGGAAGGAUUGGUCGACUUUUGCGCGAAUGACAAAGAUGUGAAUAACAGGUUAUAUCACCUGGCAACGAGCGCAAAUGGCAAGAAAUUGCCCAUGAUGACGCACUUGGCACGGCACCAUAGGGACAUUAUGCUGAUGAAAAAUAUAUAUAAAUCACCUUCCAAUUUUUUUCAACUUCUGGAAUUCGUCGACAAUCUUAGCGAAGCGAUACGCAAUGGAAAGUUUGACGAACUAUUGUGGUACACUGUUUCGCACAGUAGAAAAAAAGGUUCCUACAGUUGGGACGUAUUGUUGAGAAUUUUGACGCCUUAUUUUGAUGGAGAUGGCAACUUAGUGCAGCAGAUUAACGAGGCGAAACGUCACCUAGAACCUAACGCCAUUGACAUUGUUCAAUCCCUGAAAGCGCGAUUACUUCACCGGUGGAGAAAAUCGUCACCUAAAUCAGUGUGGCGCCGACUUCAAUUCGGCCCCGAUGCAUAUGACGCAUUGACGAGCGGGAAAUUGGAGAUUUUUCAUGGAUACACUGCUGAAGUUUUUCCAAGUCGCAAUCAUUUGGCAAUUGAGAAGUUUUUGUCGACAUACGAAGUAGUCGAUGUGACAGAAGCGCUGGCAAAAGCGAGGAUGGAACCGCACUCGAAAGAAAUCGCGUCGACAAUGUGUCAUGAGCGACUUAAUUAUUGGAUAGCAAAUUCGUAUAAGUUGCGGGAAGUUUUUGACCUGUUAAAGUUUGACAAUGCCGACAGCCUAUACAGUGCUCUUUAUAAAUUAGAGACUUUGACCGACUUCAUCUGGUCAAGCUUUGACAAUUCCACACCGAUGAUAGUUACUCUGCAUUAUUGCUCAGCCAUGGCCUCAGCAGCUUUAAAAGAAAACAACUCGAUAGCAUUUCAUUUACCCGCUGCUGGUCUACUUAACGUGCUGUAUGAAGUAUGGACUCGCGAUCGAAUUUCUGUAGAGGAAUUGCUCCACAGACUACGCAUCGAAUCUUAUAGUGACGUAGACGGGAACGUUCAUAGGACUUUGACCGCCUGUGUCAAGCAUUCCCUUUGA